AACAAAUGAGAGUAGCCAAGGCGCGGAAGGGAAGACGAUUUAGAUGCUAUAGGCACGAGUUCGAUUCCUGCAGCCCACCUUUGCAUCUGGUUUUUGGAGUUUCACCGGUCAGGAUCGGGCCUAUUUCGAUCCGGGUCUAUGCGGGUUGUCGAUUAUUUCUGGUUUUAGCUAUAUUACCGGUCUAGUGGUCAACCGGACCGGGUUAUUGACCGGGUGACCGGGUUCUGGGUCAAACCGCCUGGUCUGUCUACUCUGUUGGGAGUUCUUUACCGGGGAAGGCAGUGUCCAAAGCGUUGGUUAGCUUUGAAGUUGGUGAAAAUUUUCCUCCUGGCAGAAAUGGUUUUCUUGCAGUUUUGAGAAGAUUUGAUGGAUCUGGAGACUGGGUUUCGCCAAAAUCAUUCCAAGAGUCAAUCGUGGAGAACAAUUUUAACAUUGGCAUAUCAGAGUCUGGGUGUUGUGUAUGGGGAUUUAAGUACAUCCCCAUUGUAUGUCUACAAGAGUACUUUCGCAGAGGAUAUUGAGCAUUCAGAAACCAAUGAAGAAAUUUAUGGGGUUCUGUCCUUUGUGUUCUGGACAUUGACUUUGGUCCCUCUUCUGAAAUAUGUGUUCAUAGUUCUUAAUGCUGAUGAUAAUGGGGAAGGGGGAACGUUUGCUUUGUAUUCUCUCCUCUGUAGACAUGCCAGGGUUAGCUCAUUGCCAACUUGUCAGUUAGCAGAUGAAGAACUAUCGUUUUACAAGAAUGAUAGAACUGCUCCACCCCACACUACUGUUGGGAAAGGGCUAAAAUCUUCUUUGGAGAGGCAUAGGGUAUUGCAGAGAGUUCUGCUUGUAUUGGCUUUACUUGGAGCUUGUAUGGUCAUAGGUGAUGGUAUUCUUUCACCUGCCAUAUCUGUUUUUUCUGCAGUUUCAGGUCUGGAGCUUGCUAUCUCUAAAGAGCAUAACAAAUAUAUAGGGGUUCCAGUUGCUUGUACCAUUCUGAUAGCCUUGUUUUCUCUUCAACACUAUGGAACACACAGGGUUGGGUUUCUGUUUGCACCUGUGGUCAUAACAUGGCUUCUCUGUAUAAGCUCAAUUGGUCUAUAUAAUAUCAUUCAUUGGAACCCUCAAGUGUAUCAAGCAUUGUCUCCACAUUAUAUGUACAAAUUCCUGAAGAAAACUCAAAGGGGAGGCUGGAUGUCCUUGGGUGGAAUUCUCUUAUGCAUCACAGGUUCAGAAGCCAUGUUUGCUGAUCUUGGGCACUUCUCCCAAUUAUCGAUACAGAUUGCUUUCACAUGCCUGGUUUACCCAUCACUAAUCCUUGCUUAUAUGGGGCAAGCUGCUUAUAUGUCACAACAUCAUGUUAUUGAUAGUAACUAUCAUAUUGGAUUUUACGUGUCGGUCCCCGAGAAGCUUAGAUGGCCGGUUCUGGUAAUAGCUAUACUGGCGGCUGUAGUGGGUAGCCAAUCUAUAAUCACAGGAACGUUUUCAAUCAUCAAACAGUGCUCCUCUCUGGGAUGCUUUCCAGGAGUCAAAAUAGUACACACUUCAUCGAAGAUACAUGGCCAGAUUUACAUUCCAGAGAUCAAUUGGACUUUACUGCUUUUAUGUUUGGCUGUUACUCUUGGUUUCAGAGACACUAAGCGCCUAGGCAAUGCAUCGGGUCUGGCAGUUAUAACAGUUAUGCUGGUCACAACUUGUUUGAUGUCGCUGGUGAUCGUUCUGUGUUGGCACAAGAGUUUCGUCCUAGCUAUUGCCUUUGUACUCUUCUUUGGGAGCAUCGAAGCCUUGUACUUCUCCGCUUCUCUUAUCAAAUUCUUGGAAGGAGCGUGGGUUCCCAUUGCACUGGCUUUCAUCUUCAUGAUGGUCAUGUGUGCUUGGCACUAUGGGUUGCUCAAGAAGUAUGAGUUUGACCUUCAAAACAAGGUAUCCGUUGAUUGGCUACUCGGCCUAGGUCCCACCCUCGGGAUAGUGCGUGUUAACGGCAUCGGCCUAAUCCACACCGACCUAGUUUCUGGAAUCCCAGCAAUAUUCUCCCAUUUUGUCACCAACCUCCCAGCAUUUCACCAGGUCUUGGUUUUCCUUUGCGUAAAGUCUGUCCCGAUUCCUCAUGUCAAACACAAGGAGCGUUUCCUCGUUGGGCGCAUCGGCCCGCGGGAAUACCGAAUAUACCGAUGCAUUGUCCGGUAUGGAUACAGGGAUGCACACAAGGACGAUUCAGACUUCGAGAACGAUCUUUUGUGCAGCAUAGCAGAGUUCAUUCGUGCUGGAGGAAAUGGAGAAGUUGAAGAUUCGAUGAGAAUGGCGGUCGUGGGGACCCCUUCAACUUACCUUGACGGGGGGAUCCAUGUGUGCGAAGAAGAGAGGGGUGAGGGCGGAAAGGGGGAGACAUCAGAGAUCAGAGAAGAAGCGAUAAAGUCGCCCGUGAUACUCAAAAGGAGAAAGAGGGUGCGGUUUGUUGUGCCAGAGUCUCCGAAGAUCGACCAGGAGGCACGAGCAGAACUGCAGGAACUAAUGGAAGCUAGGGAGGCUGGGAUGGCGUACAUUCUUGGACAUUCUUAUAUGCAGGCAAAACGUGGAUCGAGCUUUUUCAAAAAGAUGGUUAUAAAUUUUGGUUAUGAGUUCUUAAGAAGGAAUAGUAGACCACCGGGUUAUGUGCUGAGUGUACCUCAUGCUUCCACUUUGGAGGUCGGAAUGGUUUAUAAUGUCUGAUAAUUUUGGCUAGGCUAUAAACACAUACAGGAAAACACCAUCUGUGAAUGCAAUCUUUGGAUUCUUUACAGAAUAUAUACAUAUAGAGGUGAUAGACAUAUAGCAAGCCCCAAACCUUUGAAUGGUCAUCAUUUCAAUGGGCUUACGGCCCUACCUAGGUUGGUAUGAUGUUACUAUUUACGCUGUGCUCGGUAGUUAGUACUGAUGACUAGACGUGGUCAGGUUUCAGUCCUCAGACCGACUACCAAAACUGUAUAGGUGCCCGGGAUCGGGACUUAUAUAAACCGUUUCGCCCGAUUUUAGUCAAUUAGUCGGAUCCGGUCCAG